UUUCUUUAUAUUUGAAUUGUAUGUGACUUGAGAAGAAAAAAGGAAAAAAAAAAAAAAAGAAGGUAGGGAAACCAUAUAUAUCGGGAAUUGUGAGGUGGAGCUAGAGGAAUGGAGCGGUGAGGACACAACUCAGAAGAAGAUUAGAAAUCAGAAUAUAACAACAAUAACAACUCUGCCCUCCUCUGUUUUUCUGCUAUAUCAUAUCAUAUUGGUAUGGGCACCUUUCCAUUUGAGCAUCUUCAUCAUCUCCUUACUUUUGUUUUCUGGCUUUUCAAUCCCAACUUCCCAAAUCCCAACCCAUUAAACAUAUAAUUCCUCUCUCUCUCUCUCUCUCUCUGAAUCCUUUCUUUCUUUCUUUUCUGAACAGUGAUCUCUGUGUCUGCUCUCAUAUUUGCCCCAACAAAACGGUCCAUGUUAAAGUAACUCAGUAUCGCCUGUGAGAGAUCAUUCUCUUUCCUUAGCUAGUUAGAUAUCUUCCCACCCACUACUCCUUUCCUUGUCCGGUUUCUCUGUUUUCUUCUUCUUAUUUUCUUACUCUUUUCCCAUUAUAUUAGAAAGAUGAACAUAGAGGUUGAAUACCAAGAAGAUUACAUUAGGAACUCAAGAGGAGUACAGCUCUUCACUUGCAGAUGGUUACCUUUUUCAUCUCCAAAAGCUCUUGUUUUUCUCUGUCACGGUUACGGCAUGGAGUGCAGUGGAUUCAUGAGAGGUUGUGGGAUCAAACUCGCUUGUGCGGGAUUUGCAGUGUUUGGUAUCGAUUAUGAGGGUCACGGACGGUCGAGAGGGGCCAGGUGUUACAUCAAGAAGUUUGACAACAUCAUUGACGAUUGCAAUGAUUUUUUCAAAUCAAUUUGUGCAACGGAAGAAUACAGGGACAAGGGUAGGUUCUUGUACGGUGAGUCCAUGGGAGGAGCUGUGGCCCUUUUACUUCACAAGAAGGAUACUUCUUUUUGGAAUGGUGCUGUGCUUGUUGCUCCCAUGUGUAAGAUAUCGGAGAAAGUGAAGCCACAUCCUUUGGUGGUGAAUGUACUGACUAAGGUGGAAGAGAUUAUACCAAAAUGGAAGAUAGUUCCCACUAAGGACGUAAUUGAUUCAGCUUUCAAGGACCCUAUCAAGCGUGAAGAGAUAAGGAGCAACAAACUCAUCUACCAAGACAAGCCUAGGCUGAAAACAGCCCUAGAAAUGCUCAGAACGAGUAUGAGCCUUGAAGAUAGUUUACACGAGGUAAUGAUGCCAUUCUUCGUUUUACAUGGGGAGGCAGACACGGUAACAGACCCGGAAGUGAGCAGAGCAUUGUAUGAGAAGGCUAGCAGCUUAGACAAGACCAUGAAGUUGUACCCUGGAAUGUGGCACGGUUUGACGUCCGGCGAGCCCGAUGAGAACGUCGAGAUUGUGUUCGCUGACAUCAUUACCUGGCUCGGUAAGCACACCAACGAACGAGAUCAUAUCACUAGCAUUCACCAUCCUAUUCCCGCGCUCAACCAUGGCGUCGUGAGGUUCGCAACCACAGCCGCUGCGUUGCCAGAGAAAGUGAGCAGAAAGCCGCGGACGCAUUCACCCGGAAGCUAUUUGUGUGGAUUGAAAGGCCGCCGCUUGCAGCAUCACUCCUCUAUGUAGCUCUUGUUGUAUUGAGUAUAGUAAACCCUGCUCUAUAAUCAGUAUACGUGCGUUAGAUAUACUGGACUUAAAUUGUCUUCCCAAUGGAAAAUGGGAGAGAAAGUAAAAUAAGAAAUUGGGUCUUUUAGAUUGGAUAUAUGUAGAAGUUUCGUUCGGUUCGAGCUAGUUUAUGUGUAAUAUAUUCGAGCUUCAUCCAAUCUUUGAGAAAAUAACAGAGUAAAUUGAACUAAA